AUGGAAGGCGUCAAAUACGAUGGACAGGAUAUCGAGCAGAUGUGGAGGGAAGCGUUGGUUGAAUUCCAUAAGCUCAGUGGCCACGAUCCUCAGAAGUUUUCCGAACUCAGCAUCGGCGACGUGAUCGGAAAGAUCAACCAGCAGAAGGAGCUCGACGACAAGAAAGCUGCAAAACAUGGCAAGGCAAAGGAAGUUCUGAAUAAGACCCUAACCUGCAUUCAGACACUAGGAAGUCUUGUAGCCCAAGGCGCGUCGAUGGUGUUCGGUCCGUCCGAUCUCUGUUUUAAUGCCGUUUCGUAUCUUAUUACUGUUGCCCAGAAUUACAGCAAGAUCUUUAGUGGAAUUGCCGAACUCUUUGAACGCAUCUCUCACUUCCUCGAGCGUUUCGAAGUCUACGUGAGGUCAAAGUCCUUGGGUGUCGAACUGGAUAUUCACCUAAGAAAAAUAAUUCACGAACUUCUCCGGAGUUUCAUGCGGAUCUGUGCUUUAUCGAUAAAGAUUUCGAGGGAAAAUAAAUUAUUGCUAGCCUUGGAGGUCUUCAGCUUCGGAAGCGACAAGGGCGUCCAGGCAGAGCUCGAUGUUCUCGAGGCGCUUGUGAAACGUGAAACCGGAAUGGGCGUUGCCUUGACACUAGAAUCCGCGAAAAUUACAGAGGGAAAUGUCACCACUGGAUUUGCAGAAACAAAAGGAUCGUUGCAAAGCCUGAAUAGUAAGGUUGAUGGUGUGACUGGUCAACUUAGCCGGGUUUCGAAUUAUCUGGAGCAGCGGGAGUUUACAGAGAGAAUGAACGAAACCGACGGAGCGUCUACGCGGAAUAGUGAGAAAAUUAAACACGCGCUCAAGAUCGAGAAAGAGGUUUGGCGUAACGAUCAGGAAGAGUUUAUGAGAACUCGAGUUCCAUCAACUGGACAGUGGUUGCUUAAUGAUUCCCAAUUCAUUGCAUGGAUCGGGGGAAAAAGCGACAAAGGUCCAAUUCUUGCUUUGGAAGCCAAACAGGGCUAUGGCAAAAGUUUUCUUUGCUCCAUGGUCAUUCGCCAUCUGUUUCACCUGCAUCCUCCUGCACAUCAGGACUCUCGAACUUCAAUUGCUUAUUACUUCUUCCAAAAGGAAAAUAAGGACGAGAAGUCAGUUAACAAAGCAUUACGGGCUAUAGUAUGGCAGCUUACUGACAAUGACGUGGUUUACCGAAAGUGGGUUGCUGCUGCUUGUAAUAAACCAGAAGAAUUCGGAAAUUCUUUAGAAUUAUGGAAGCAAUUAGUUUUUCAAUUCUCAACAAAAACUGAAGCUACAUUUUUUAUUGUCCUUGAUGGCAUCGAUGAAGCUGAAAUGAGCUCCGGCCAUCCGCUUAUAGAAAUUAUUCGAGAUAUCUCAUUAAUAUUUCGAGAGAAACGGCCACUGAGUAUCCGAUUGCUGUUGACCGGUAGACCAAGAGCCUUCAUGGAAAUUCGGAAUGACCCAAAAAUAGCGUUGUCGUCUAUUACCUUGGGAAUUAGAAACGAGGAUGAUAUUGUCAAAUAUAUCGAUGCCCGAAUGGAUCACAUGGAAAUUCUAAAAAGAUCAAACCACCCGGAUAUUCAAGAACUGAGAAGUUGCAUUCGGGUCAAGCUUACAGGCGGCGUUGGAGGUGACUUUUUCAAGUUAAAUUUCAUGCUCACCGAGAUUAGUAAGAAGAGAAGACGAAAAGAAAUUGAAGAAGUCUUGGAGCAUGCCGAUGAAGACCGACUGGACACAAUCGCUCGUGAAAUUGAUCGACUGAACAAGACACUUGGUGAAGAGGACAUCCAGGAACUUAACGACCUCCUAGGGUUUGUUAUUACCUCCAUCAAGGCCCCAACCCUCGAAUUACUCGAGGCUGUUCUUCUUGUCAAGAACGGCGAAGGUUCACUUGUGCCCCUACGAGAGCAGAUACAAGACAAAUAUUCUGCUUUCCUGGAGAUUGCGUCAGAUGGCACGGUUUCGAUCACGUCGGAUGCUAUCAUUGACUUUUUCCGUAAUGAAACAUUUGCUGCAAAGGAACUCACACCAGGGCGGCGUGGUGCCGCCCUCCAUGAAGCCGAGGUUGCAAUUAUUACGCGAUUCUUGCGGAAUGUUUGCGAUGAGGAAUUGUUCAACAAAUUUGGAUUCGAAGAAUUCUUUAAACGCAAGUUGAGUAACAAGUCGGCUUGUAUAAAUGUCAAUUUUGACCGCGCCAAAGUUGAUAUUGUCACUUACUGUCUCGACGCCAUUUGUGGUGAACCCAGCGACCAGACGGCCUGUCUGGUGAAUUAUGCUUCCUAUUUCCUUGUAUAUCACCUUGAUGAUGUUGAUCUAGAUCUAAUAGCCCCCGAACCAAAAAGCUAUAUCGGGUCUCGUCUUAUCAAACUUUUUUCCGACGAAGAGUGCAUCAAUGCAUGGUGGACACCAGAACGAAUGUGGAUGUAUGAAAUGUGGACCUAUGAAGAUGCUAAUAUUAUGACCACAAUGAAAUGGUUUAAGGACUCUGCUGUUGUUAAAGGCCUUUCGGAAGCGGAAAAAGAAUGGCUUAAUGGCUUAACGUCGAAUUCAAAGCCGGAUGAUGAUCUCCUUAGACCAACAGCGAAAAUAAUGGCAAAGCGUUGGUUAAGGUACUUAAACUGGGGUCUGGCAAAAUCGGUCUUGUGGCUUUUAGGCUACGUCAAUAAAAUAAAAUCUAGGAUUGACGGUUCAGAACGCACGGCUCGGACUCCGUACCCGACCGAGGAACAGAUUUUGGAGUUGGAAAGUUGGGCAGAGUCUGAGUUAAAUGUCACAGAAAAAGACAAGUAUUGGAAACUGCAAAUGGCAUUCACGUUCGUUGAUUUCAGAUUGGGCAAAAAAGCUGUUGAGCUCAGCCUGUCUUCUUGUGAGGAUGAACCUGACAGCUGGGAACCUCAAUUCUGUCUUGCUAGGGCAUAUGCCCAAAUCAACGAGCCUAAAAAAGCGCUGCAAGUAUUGUCUUCAGUAAUUGAGGCGUUCCGAGAGGACCAAACCCUUCUGGAAGAGAGAAGAGAUUUUUUCUGCACGGAAGUGCUCCGCUCACAGGGGCAAUGGAGUUGCUGCGUUAACGAAUACGAUGCCUCGAUGGCUGCUUUUGCAGAAAUAAGCAACUACCAACCUGACAACUAUUGGAGUGUUUGCAGCAUGAUUGACACAAUGUAUAAAGAGGAGAAAUAUUCGGAUAUUAUAGCUCUCCUCAAGAAUAUGCAACACCAGACGAAUCCUGAGGGACUGAACCGUCUAGUCGCCAUGGUGCAUGAAUUUGCUCACGAUCAUGUGUACCACCAAAAUGUUAUCGAUGCCGGCAAACAUUCAAAUCAGUGGGGAGUACUGAAGGAAAUAUACCGACUUUCCAUAGAUGCAGCCAAAAAUUACCCAAACAAGAGAAUUCUAAUCUUCAUCCGUCGUUGGUAUGGUAUCGCAUUGUAUAAGUUCCCCGAGUCAGAUGACGAUCGCAAAGAGGCGAUCUCUGUCUGGGAAGAAAAUGUCGGACUAGCCUCAACUUCAAAGGAAGAUUUUUUGGGCACUCUCGACAGUCCAACCAUCGAUUAUCUAGCAUCUAUCUAUCUUGAAAGGGCUAAGGAUGAAGCCUUUGAUGGGCCUCUCGCCGAACACUACAUUGCCCAGCUCCUACGCCUUUGUGAACUGCUGCCAGAGAAAUGCCACACAAACUUUGGACGGCUUAUUCUAGCAAGGUUGUAUUUCUUGAUGGGAAAGCGAGAUAAUGCUUUAGAGGCUGUCAAAUGGUUCGUGAAAUUCGGCCUCGAUCUUCUUUCUGAUGAAGACCUUGCCAACGAUUCGGACGGAUAUUACGUACUAGCAACCUCCCUCCACUUUGUCGAUGAUGUCAAUUCGUUAGCUGCGUGGUCAUUAUUGUGCCCUCUAGUGGAAGAAACCGAGGACCAGGGUCAACAAACAGCAAUUCGAGGUCAGGCUGAUGAGAUACCUGAACAGGAUGCAGCAGACGAAAUCAACCCUCAUUCAGGUCCCGAAGAGCACACCCCAUUGGAUGUUCGUAGUGGAAUGGCGGAUAAUAAUAUCAUUUCAGCUGGGGAAGAUGAAGGAUGUGAAGAAACAGAUACCAGGGAACCACAUUAUUUGGGGGAGGAACCUGGUAUUCUCUCCGAUGCUGAAAAUAACAACCAAUUGUCCGCAUCCGAUGAAGAUUCGAUGUCUCGAGUGCCGUCUCCAUCUCCCUCCUUCGAAUCCCGCGUAGGAACGCUGUACAUCAGAUGUGAUGGUAACCGCUACUGCGACCGAACCUGGACCUUUGCUAAUGACAUAUAUGUGUGUAAGGAUUGUUUGAAAGUGCACUUAUGCAAAUAUUGCUUUGACAAGUUGCAGGCGGGUACCUUGCGAGAUAUCUGUUCCAGGAGAUCAGUAGUUUGCGAGAAAUCGCACGAGUUCUUGCAUGUGCCAAGAUGGAAUGAUGAGGAAGCCAGUAGGAUACCUAACGGACAUGUGAAAGUAGGUGAGAAUGUUAUUACCAUUACAGACUGGGUGAAUAAUAUGCGAAGCCAAUACGGGCUCACCGUGGGAGAAGGAAGUGAUGCGCAGAUUGGUUUCACAGCAUCCAACUGGCUGCGGGCUCGGUCAGCUGCACUAAACCUCUCUUUUUUAUGCCUGGCAUCAAAAACCAUACUUUCUCAUGCGAGCCAUCCGUAUGAUCAAACUAUUUUUCUAUCUCCCCUCGGCUUUCCGCCUCGAGGGGGGUCUAUUCUCGUCGCAACGGCGUCAGAUCUAGAAUCAGGUGUAACCACGCCCUUGCUCAAAGAUGAUAACCUAACGGGUUUCAACGACGAUGUCGAUGGUGGCAAUAACGAUCGCGCUCAGAUAAUCAACACGAAGCGGUCGCGGAGAAGGAAUAGACAUGAUGAGACGGCUACCUCUACCUCGUCUGCGUCAAGAGACGUUGCCUCCAAGCAGUUGGACUCGGAGGAUGGUAAUUCUAUCAAGUAUCGGACUUGCAGCUGGCAAAAGGUAAAGCCUCUUUGGAUUAAAGAUGUCUAUGAGCUGUCCAGGGUCGAGGACUUCAGCGUUGCUCUUCUCAGAAUACAUCUGCCUAGCCGUCAUGUCAUUCCCAUACUCUUAUUCCGUUCUCGGUCUUGUACCUGGUUUGGUUUUGACGAUUUUGGUGGCUGCGAAGGCGCAAUAUUCAAAGUAAUAACUGUUAGCACCAUAACCAGGGAAUUUUGUCUCCGUCAUCCCGAAGUUGGAGACGUUUGUGAUAUUGGGCAGCACCUCUUUUACGAUUCCCAGCUUGCAUGGUACCUUACGGCGGCAAUGUUUUUGCUCAAUAAUACUUUCAUUCAGGGAUUGCAUUGCUUGGUGGGCGCGAAAUAUCUCAAUGUGAUGACCAACCACGGCGCUUGUACCAUAAUAUUCGUAGCAAUAACCACCAUCAUUUCAUUCAUUUGUUCUCUUCCUAGAACUUUCAACACCCUAUCAAAACUCGCGAGUCUAUCUGCGUUCUUUACAUUCAUUUCGGUAGCGCUAGCAACGAUUUUUGCUGCUAUCCAACCACAUCCGGCGCGGUUUACUCCGGACCCGGACAGUGGGGAAGGGGCCGGGGGAGGGGAGCCUGUUGUACUCCUUUGGCCGGCUGCAGGGACGACCUUCAUUGCCGCUAUGGGAGCGUUCUUGAACAUCAUCUAUACGUUCAUUGGCCAGGUCACUCUCCCCAGCUUCAUCGCAGAGAUGAAGAACCCCAAGGAGUUCAACAAGUCUCUAUAUGUUGUUACCAUCGCAGAGGUAAUCGUAUUCAGCAUCGUUGGCUCCGUCAUCUACGCGUACACUGGAAAUCAAUACAUGACAUCACCAGCGUUCGACUCACUGAGCAACAGCGUCCAUAAAAAGAUCUCGUUCUCGUUUAUGGUUCCAACAUUGAUUUUCCUCGGCGUGCUGUAUGCUUCUAUUUCUGCCAGGUUCAUAUUUUUCCGUUUGUUCGACGGAACCCAUCACAAGGGGAAUCACACGGUUGUUGGGUGGCUGUCUUGGGGAGCUAUUCUGGCGGCAACCUGGGCCGUCGCUUUCAUGAUUGCUGAGAUUAUUCCAUUUUUCUCUGACCUGCUUUCCAUCAUGAGCUCGCUUUUCGAUUCUUUUUUCGGCUUUGUAUUCUGGGGCAUUGCGUAUAUACGCAUGCGGGGAGUGGAUUAUGGUUCAGACUUCUACCGAAAGCGUGGGUGGCGUGGGUGGCUAGGAAUCAUUCUCAACCUCGCUAUCAUUGGGAUGGGGUUCUACUUUCUAGGUCCUGGAACUUACGCUUCUGUUGAAAGCGUCCUUCUUAAAUACCAAGAAGGGAAUUUUGGAAAGGUAGGUAUCCCCAAACAAAUCAAAAACGUGUAA